CCUGGGAGGGAGCCGAAUCUGCCUUAGCCUCGCUGAGGGGUCUUGCAGGGCCCUUUCCCUUCACUACAGACUUCCUCUCAUGGACAAAUUCCGGAUGGUUCCCUGUCCCUGCACCCUUAAGCCUCCUGCUAACCCUUUCCUUCUCCCCAAAGAGGAGCCCCACCUCCUCAGAGCAAGGGGCUGGCCUGUACUAUUUCUGUCCUCUCUGGGAUUCUUCUGAGAACAGAUUCUUGUUUUCAGUCUGAUUCAGAUGUGAAACUUUUCCUGCGGCCUCUCACCCACUUGCUGUGGGCUGGGUCUCUCCCUCAUCACUCCUUCCUCCAGCCAGGCUCCUCCUGUUCUCCUCCUCCAAAUUCUCUCUGGUCAGUCACUUUUGCUGAGACCUGGAGGAGGAAGUCAGGGGCCCAAGAGGGAGCCAUUCCCCUCAGGGGCCCAGGGGGCCCGGGGGCAGCAUUUUGAUACUUUGAAGUAGGAAACUUUGAUUCCCAUGGCAAGCCCUGUUCCUGUGCCGAGGCGCCACCUCCAGGGCCCCAUCCUCAGGGGGCUUCCUAAUUACCAGCCUCCAUCCAAACUAGGCUCACUCUUCUCCACCUGGACUUGGGAUCAAGAAGGCAGGCUGCGCUACAUGGUGAAGCAGUUGGAGAAUGGGGAGGUAAACAUUGAGGAGCUGAAGCAAAACCUGGAGUACACAGCUUCCCUGCUGGAGGCCGUCUACAUAAAUGAGACGCGGCAAAUCUUGGACACGGAGGAUGAGCUGCAGGAGCUGCGGUCUGACGCGGUGCCUUCGGAGGUGCGGGACUGGCUGGCCUCCACCUUCACCCAGCAGGCCCGGGCCAAAGGCCGCCGAGCAGAGGAGAAGCCCAAGUUCCGGAGCAUCGUGCACGCGGUGCAGGCUGGGAUCUUCGUGGAACGGAUGUUCCGGAGAACGUACACCUCUGUGGGCCCCACCUAUUCCACUGUGGUCCUCAACUGUCUCAAGAACCUGGAUCUCUGGUGCUUUGAUGUCUUCUCCUUGAACCGGGCAUCUGAUGACCACGCACUGAGGACCAUUGUUUUUCAGUUGCUGACUCGGCACAACCUCAUCAGCCGCUUUAAGAUUCCCACUGUGUUUUUGAUGACUUUCCUGGAUGCCUUGGAGACAGGUUAUGGGAAGUACAAGAACCCUUACCAUAACCAGAUCCAUGCAGCUGACGUUACACAGACGGUCCAUUGCUUCUUGCUCCGCACAGGGAUGGUGCACUGCCUGUCGGAGAUCGAGGUCCUGGCCAUCAUCUUUGCUGCAGCCAUCCACGACUAUGAGCACACUGGCACUACCAACAGCUUCCACAUCCAGACCAAGUCAGAAUGCGCCAUCCUGUACAAUGAUCGCUCAGUGCUGGAGAAUCACCACAUCAGCUCUGUUUUCCGAAUAAUGCAGGACGACGAGAUGAACAUUUUCAUCAACCUCACCAAGGAUGAGUUUGUAGAGCUGCGGGCCCUGGUCAUUGAGAUGGUGUUGGCCACAGACAUGUCCUGCCAUUUCCAGCAAUUGAAGUCCAUGAAGACGGCCUUGCAGCAGCUGGAAAGGAUUGAUAAGCCCAAGGCCCUGUCUCUACUGCUCCAUGCUGCUGACAUCAGCCACCCAACCAAGCAGUGGUCGGUUCACAGCCGCUGGACCAAGGCCCUCAUGGAGGAAUUCUUCCGCCAGGGUGACAAAGAGGCAGAGCUGGGCCUGCCCUUUUCUCCGCUCUGUGACCGCACUUCCACUCUCGUGGCACAGUCCCAGAUUGGUUUCAUUGACUUCAUCGUGGAACCCACGUUCUCUGUGCUGACUGAUGUGGCCGAGAAGAGUGUCCAGCCCAUGGGGGAGGAAGACUCCAAGUCUAAAACCCAGCCCAGCUUCCAGUGGCGCCAGCCUUCUCUGGAUGUGGAAGUGGGAGACCCCAACCCCGACGUGGUCAGCUUCCGCUCUACCUGGAUCAAAUACAUUCAGGAGAACAAGCAGAAAUGGAAGGAACGGGCGGCAAGCGGCGUCACCAACCAGAUGUCCAUUGACGAGCUGUCCCCCUGUGAGGAAGAGGCGCCAGCCUCCCCUGCCGAAGAUGAACACAACCAGAACGGGAAUCUGGACUAGCCUGGGGCUGGCCCAGGUCCUUACCGAGUCCAGUGUUCGAUGUCGUCAGCACCACCCAUCGGGACUGGCUCCCCCAUCUGCUCCAAGGGAGCGUGGACAUCAAGGAACAGACACCCCACCCGAAGGACAGCUGCCAGAGAUUGCGGGAUUGGGGAAAGGGCCUGUCCCCACCCGACACCCAUUGGGGCGCACUUUAAUCUCCCGGCGGCAAGACUGGGGAACUUCAGGCUCCCAGUGGUCACUGUGUCCAUCCUCCCCCGCCUCUGGACUCUCCCUAUGGCCAGAUGGUCGGCUGGAGGGGAGCUUCCUGGAGGCUUCCCAGGGCCUGCGGGGGAGGGUUGGAGAUGCCAGCCCCCUGGGUCCUCCCGCAUCCUUCUUGACUCCAAGUUUCUAAGCAAUACAUUUUGGGGGUUUCCUCAGCCCCCACCCCAGACCUUAGCUGGCAGGUCUGGGUCCCCCUUUUCCUCCCCUGGGAAGGGCUGGAAUAGGAUAGGAAGCUGGGGGUUUUCAGAGCCCUAUGUGAGGGUAGGGGAGUGGGCUCCUUCAGGGCAUGGUACCUUUCUAGGGCCUGGGAAUGGGGGGCAUCCUCUUUACCCCAGACCUGCACUGCUUCAGUCCCAUCCCCAGCCCAGACCCUGCAAUCUUCCCUCUCUCCCAUUCUGCAAUGGUGACUGGGGGAAGAGGAGCCAUUGCCACCAGGGGCUGAGAGGAGGCCUUUCCUGGGGUGGCCAAGGACUCGGGACUGGUCUAGGCCCCUGGGGCUUGUCAUCUGCCCUGGCUGAGUCCUGAACCCUUUGCCUCCUUCCUCUCCCCUGGGGCUGGGAGGCUCCCAUCCGACCAAUGUCUGUACAGUGCUUUGAAGUCUCCCCAGCAAAGCACCUUCAGGAUACAUCCUACGGGCACAGGAGGGGAGAGCUGGGUUGGGGUCAAGGGCGCAUGGGGAGGGUGAGGUGUAACCCAGUAAUCCUGUGUUGCUGACAGAGAGGGUCCGUCCCCCUCCUAGCCCCGGCCCAAGAGGCCCCUCCCCAGGACAAGUGGGGAGUGGCGGGUGGAAGGCAGACGGGCGGGGGCUCAGGACUGCUGCUCUCGUGUCCUCUGGACAGAGCCCAGCCAGGCCCCUGCCCCUUCCUCCCCUCAGGCUCCUCUCACCCGGCUUUGUCCCAGGAAGGGCCCAAGUCCAGGUGACUGCCCUCCUCCUUUCUUGUACCAACCAUGCAUUUGUACAGUGGGCCCUGUUCCUGUGAAGUCAUAUCCAUGGUCUCUUAGACCUGCCACCUGCCACUUGUCCCUCCUACCCCACCCUGAGUGGGGCAGAGACGCAUGAGACUCACCCCCACCCUUGGUCUCCCAGAAUCCUGCUAUAGCCAGAGAUCAAUAAAGAAGGGAGACCUGGC